AGGCGAUCAGUGACACGUGGAAUGGUUAACUGUAUAAGUUUUGUCGUUCGCGGCACGAAAACAAAGGAGUUUGAAAUUAAAAAGCGGGAUUAGGGUUUUGUACUCAACUUCCCUACCUACUUCUUCAUCUUCCUCUUUCCAUUCUUGCAUUUCUCUCAUCUUCACCUUCCCAAAAUGGUGAACCCUAAAUGCUUCUUGGACAUUAGUAUCGCUGGCGAGUUAGAGGGUAGAAUCGUUAUCGAACUUUUUCAGGAUGUGGUUCCCAAAACCGCGGAGAAUUUCAGGGCCCUUUGCACUGGCGAAAAGGGCAUAGGACCCAACACCAAUGUCCCCCUUCACUAUAAGGGAGUAUGUUUUCACCGUGUGAUCAAGGGGUUCAUGAUCCAAGGUGGCGACAUCUCCGCUGGCGACGGCACAGGAGGGGAAUCUAUAUACGGCCUGAAGUUCGAGGAUGAAAACUUGGAGCUGAAGCACGAGAGGAAGGGGAUGCUUUCCAUGGCCAAUGCGGGACCCAACACCAACGGUUCUCAGUUCUUCAUCACCACCACACGCACCCCUCACUUGGACGGUAAACAUGUCGUGUUCGGAAGAGUUGUUAAAGGAAUGGGCGUUGUUCGCUCAGCAGAACACAUUGUUACUGGCGAAAACGACCGACCCACUCAGACUGUUGUAAUCGAGGAUUGCGGGGAAAUUCCCGAAGGGCAAGAUGAUGGAGUUGUUAACUUCUUUAAGGAUGGUGACACUUAUCCGGAUUGGCCCGCAGAUCUUGAUGUCAAACCUGAUGAGCUUUCUUGGUGGAUGAGUGCUGUGGAUUCUAUCAAGGCUCUGGGGAAUGAGCAGUACAAGAAGCAAGAUUAUAAGAUGGCAUUGAGAAAGUAUCGCAAAGCGUUGCGAUAUUUGGAUGUGUGUUGGGAGAAGGACGACAUUGACCAAGAGAACAGUGCUUCGUUAAGGAAGACAAAAUCUCAAAUCUUUACCAAUAGUUCUGCUUGUAAAUUGAAAAUAGGUGAUCUACAAGGAGCACUACUGGAUUCAGACUUUGCAAUGCAUGAUGGAGAUAAUGCAAAAGCUCUGUUUCGAAAAGGCCAGGCUUAUAUGUUACUCAAUGACCUGGAUUCUGCUGUUGAAAGCUUCAAGAAAGCAUUAGAGUUGGAGCCUAAUGAUGGAGGGAUUAAAAAGGAGUAUGCCACUGCCAGGAAAAAGGUUGCUGAUAGACGUGAUAGAGAGAAAAAGGCUUAUUCUAAAAUGUUCAAGUAGAGGUCCUGAAGUAAUGGUGCAUGCAGCUGAAAAAUCAAAUGUCUCUGGGGGAAUGCCAAUUACAGUGCCAACAAUUUCUGUUUUUUCUUGUCAGUAGUCUUUGAAAAAAAUCUGAUAUAGUGUAUGUUUUCAAAUUUAUGCUUUCUAGAUUGUGAAGUUGUGACAGAGCUAUCCAUAUCUUACUUUUUGUUCUGUCAAACUCUUUGAUCAUCAACCUCUAACCGGUGAUUUUUGUGUAAAAGAGAAAGGCAGAUUGAGACAUCUCAUAACAAGACUUCCCAACAA